AUGAAAAAUGAUCAGGAACUGAAAGUUAGACACGGCUCUAUUCAGAACCUUUUAAGUUUUACCCUGUUUUGCUUGUAUCAUUAGCUAGUGGAAGUACAUUUGUUUUACACCUCGUCGCCUUAGCACUGCUGGGUGUUGAUGUAAAUACAGCAGAGAGGUUUCCAGGCUAUAAAGUCACGUAAACCAGGUGUUUUCAGUUUCAUUUCCGCGUGUCUUAAUCUCACCUGGCAAAUAUCACCGCCAAGAACCAUGGACCCAGAAAACAACCAAGCUGCAGGAAGUGAUGUGGAAUCGGACAAUGAGACCUAUGAGAGGCCCCCAUCCAGUUAUGGUUCGAUGAAGAGCGAAUGUGAUGAGAUGGAGAAGAGGAGCAAUGAGGAAGAGGACGAAGGGGCAGGAAUCGCUGAAGUGGUGUGUUUUGCAGCACCUAAUCCUCCUGCUCCUCCAGUUGUUGGGUCUCAGAUGGGCCGCUCUCGGUAUACAGAGACACUCUACACUGAAGCCACUGAGCUGACCAGGCCACCAGAAGGGAUGGUGAUUGAUGCAGGCUCUGAAGAACUAGAUGAGCUCGAAGAUGCAGAAUUGGAUGAUGACGACGAACUUCUGACAACUUGUUCUCCUGAACCACCCGAGCCUCUAGAAAUGGAAGGUUUACCUCAGGAGGAUGAGAACAGCCAGCCAGGAAAACUAGACCCAGAAUUGGAUUUGCCUCAUGUAUUCAAAAGUAUCCAGGAAGUUCUGUCCCGGCUCAACAAAGAUGAGCUGUUCAAGUUUAAGAUAUGGUUUAAAAAAUGGGAGCCGCUUCCCGUCUUGCAGGAAGUCCUGGAUGGAGAUGUUCUCGAUUUUGUGGAUAAGAUCAUUGAACAGUUUGGCCAGGAUAAAGCCCUGUCAAAGACAAUAAGCACACUUGAAAAAUUGGAGAAGACAGAGGAGAUUAAUGACCUGAAAACAAAGUGCGCGAAAGCUAUGUUUCGUUUUUACCUGAAAGAGUAUAUAUUUCGUAAAAGUCAAAUCAUACACGAGGGUGUGCCUCAACCCGGAAAGCAGCAGUUUCUGAAUGCCGUGUAUGUGGAGCCUCAGAUUUCCAUCCGUGGCUUUGGAGGAGUUGACCCGUCUCAUGAGAUCUUGGCACAAACCCCGAAACCUCUCCAAGUCCCCAGUGAGGACUCGUUCGUUGCCUUGAACGAUCUGUUCCGACUGCAGAAAGAAGAUGGCUCACCCGUGAAGACGGUCGUGACCACGGGGAUCCCAGGAGUCGGGAUGUCUGUCUCUGUGGCAAAGUUCUGUCUAGACUGGUGUGAGGAAAAGGCCAACAGGGAUAUUCAGUACAUCUUGAAGCUUUCGUUCCAGACCCUGCGGCAUUUCCUGCAGAAAGAGUAUGAGGAAGAAGGCAUUUCAAUGCAAGAUUUAUUGGAGUAUCACCACUCUCCUAUAAAGGGUCUGAAUAUACUGGAGGAAGAGAACGCCAAAUAUGUCAUCAUAAUGGACUGUUAUGAUUGCUACGAGGCGCCUCUGGACUUUAAGAAAGCUCCAGAGAUUACUGACAAGAACACCAAAACACACAUAAAUAAUCUAAUUGUUAACCUCAUACGAAGAAAUUUGCUUCCGAAUGCUCGACUCUGGAUCCUGGGAAGACGAGCAGCGAUCACCGAGAUACCCGCUAAGUUUGUAGAUGUUAUUGCUGAGCUGCAGGGUUUCAGUGAUGAGAUGAAAGACGAGUACCUGACCAAACGCUUUGAUAACCCUCAGUUAGCAGCGAAUAUUGUGAGACACUACAAGCGCGUGCCGAUACUUCAGAUUCUUGCUCGCCAGCCAUUUUUCACCUGGAUGGUGGCAAAAAUAAUCAAGAGCUGCUUUAAGCAGGCGAACUACGGAAGCAACAAGCCCAGAGUGACGCCGUUUCUCAUCCACUUUAUUAUCAUUCAGACGAAUCGCAUGCUGAAGUUCUACUUCAGAAAGAGGGAUAAUGAGAAAUGGACCGACGUCGAGGUUAACUUGCUGAGAAUGUUAGGGAAGAUGUCCUUCAAGAUGCUGGAGAAGAACACCAACGUGUUCACCGAGGAGGAUGUGAAGGAUGUGUCUCUGGAGUUGAACGAGGUGGUUGUGUUCUCGGGCCUUUGUACUGAGCUCGUUCCUACAUUCAUCACUGGGAAAAGGACUUUCUGCUUCUCUCACUACACCAUUCAGGAGUUCAUGGCUGCUCUGUACGUCUUCUUAGCGUUCCACCUCGACUCUAAGAACGUUCUGGAGAGUAGCUUCCUGCCCAGAGUCUUGUCAUAUAAAAUCAAUGGCAAAUCAGCUGCAGGCCUUGUGCAGUGCGCUGUCACCCGGACCCUGAGCUCCAAGCCGGGACAUUACGACAUGUUCCUGCGUUACUUGUGUGGCCUGUUCUCCCUGCACUGCCACGACAACCUGCUCAAGGGCUUCCUGUAUUCACACGGCGUCCCGAAGGUAGAAGGACUGGGGGAGGUGGAGCAGUUACUGGAUCAGACCAUCGAGGCCGCGCCGGAAGACAGGAAGCGGAAUCUUAGAGAGUGUCUUCGAGAGAUGACCCAGGAAGAUGAAUGAGCUGAGAUUAGAGCAUAUCAUGGAUGAAGACUGUUUUGAUUUGUCAUUCAACUAUGUUUUAAAUAAGGUGAUGUUGGAAAUAACAUUAAGUGACAAUAAUUGAAGCAGUACUGGCUCUUAUUAUGAUGAAACAAAGAAUAGUCUAUAGUGUUUUAGCUGCAUCUGAUGGCAUAAAAUGUUUUUUUUUAUACAUUCUAAGUAGACUUUUUACAGCACUGUGGUAACCUGUGUAUUUACCUUUAAAAUACAUUUUUUUUUGUUUUUUCUUAUUUCAGUAUACCGUUAUUUUAUUUACGUCCAGUCACUGGAUAACUUUAUUUGCCUAAGGAGAGAGAAAUGACACUAUUAGUUAAGGUGAAAGUUAGGGAUCCUCAAAUCCAGUCCAUCUGAUUGUGGUGUGUGGAAUCCCAGCCUUUGGGGAUUUGAUGUGACAAUCUCUGGUUUAGAUAAUAAACCAAACGACAUAGAAACGAACAGGCUUUAGAGUUUUUGCAGAAGAAAGCAAAAUGGAGAAACAAGACUCCAAAACUAAGUUGAGAUCAUCUGCUUUCCUUCUCUUUCACAUUUCCUUAAACUUGAUAAAAGGUAUUUUGUUUUUUUUUUUUUGCUUGUUUGAAUAUUUUUCUUCUAGUUGUGUUGACUUUUUCAAACAUUGUUAUUGAUUAUGCUUGGUGAAUGUAAGGGGGCAUAUAAAGAGUUUUUCCUACUUUAAUAUAACA